GCUCAGGGGGCAGCGGAUGCUGCGGAGCUCCCGUGCCACGGGCAGCAGGUUGGCUCCUGGGCGGAGUGGCAGCACAGGGAGGUCCCCAGCGCUGUCCCCAUCGCCGCCCCCAUCCCUGUUCCCGCAGAGCUGCCUCAGCAGGCAGCAGCUCCUGGCUGCCAUCCGGCAGAUGCAGCAGCUGCUGAAGGGGCAGGAGACGCGCUUCUCCGAGGGGCUGCGCGCCGUGAGGAGCCGCCUCAGCACCAUCCACGCCUCCCUGGCCAAGGCCGCGCCGGAGCCGCCCGCCGCCUCCUGUCCUGCCCUCCAAGCCCCUGCGGAUGGGAGGAAGUUCGGCAGCAAAUAUUUGGUGGAUCACGAGGUUCACUUCGCCUGCGAUCCAGGCUUCCAGCUCCUGGGCUCCAGCACACGGAUGUGCCAGGCCAACGGCAGCUGGACAGGCCAGGAGCCCCACUGUGCAGAGAUCAGCCACUGCUCGAGCAGCCCCUGCCAGAACGGCGGGACGUGCCUGGAGGGGCUCAGCCACUUCAAAUGCCUCUGUCCCCCGCAGUGGACCGGGACCACCUGCCAGUACCAGGCUCAGACCGCUCCUCCCACGUGGAGCGUGACGGACGACCCGGCGUUCAGCCGGCAGCCCCGCUGCGCCCAGAUCGCCCAGACCCAGCAGUGCAGCUGCGAUCCCGGCUUCCACAUGAGCGGCACGGCUUCCAACGGGAUCUGCCAGGACCUCAACGAGUGCGAGGUGUACCAGCAGGAAGGGGGACCCCGGCUCUGCGCCCAUGCCUGUGUCAACAUUCCCGGCUCCUUCCGCUGCUCCUGCCCCGCCGGAUACGUCCUGCUGGGCGACGGCAAGAGCUGCGAAGAUGUUGAUGAGUGUUCCUUAUCCCAGGAUAACUGCACGAGCGGGAGCACCUGCAUCAACACUGGCGGGGGAUUCCAGUGUGUCACGCCCCAGUGUCCCCCGGCCGCCGGCAACGUCUCCUACGUCAAAACCUCCCCCUUCCAGUGCGAGCGCAACCCGUGCCCCAUGGAGAGCCGCUCGUGCCACCAGGCUCCCAAAACCAUCUCCUUCCACUACCUCCCGCUUCCCUCCAAGCUCCAGACUCCGGCGCCGCUGUUCCGCAUGGCCACGGCGGCGGCUCCCGGCCGGCCGGGACCCGACAGCCUCCGCUUCGGCAUCGCGGGCGGGAACAACCGCGGGCACUUCGUGGUGCAGCGCUCGGACCGGCACACCGGGGAGCUGAUCCUGGUGCAGAGCCUGCAGGGGCCCCGCACCAUCCACGUGGACGUGGAUAUGGCCGAGUACCUGGACCGCGUGUUCCAGGCCAAGCACCUGUCCAAAAUCACCAUCUUCGUCUCGCCCUACGCGUUCUAGGGGUGCCUCCUGCUCCCUGCUCAGCAUCCCGCGGCUCCUGGGGCAAUCCCAGGCCGGAGCUGCUCCGCAGCCAGCCCGCCUCCCCUCUGUCCCCAGGUUCUUCUUCCCGUGUGGAUUUACACCUGCCGAGGUAGAUUUACACCACCCAGUGAGGUGGAACGGCAGCGGGAAGCCCCGUGCUCACCCCUAGCUCCAGAGGGACGAUGUCCUACCACAGCAGAUGGAAACCACAGCCCCGAUUCCCCUUGAAUUCCCGUUUUUCCCUUUUGGAAGCAGUGAAGCUGAGCGUGCAGGAGGAGGGAGGCUCACGGCCUUCCCUGCACUCCUCCCUUGCUUGCCUGGAGUCCUGCUCCCUAAAAACACACUUCCACUUCCCUUUGGAUGCUGAGAAUCCCCCAGCAGCCUGUGGGGAUUGAGGUCUGGUGCUUUAAUUCCUUGGGAUUGAUCAGGGCUGGAAAACUCCAUGAACAUCCCCCUGGGUGCCCUCCUUAGCAAGCAGGGCAAAGGAGGAAUCCCAGGGCUAUCCCUGCUCCUUAAACCUCCCAAAGGGGGAUCCCCCAUGGAUCCUCCUCGCAACGGAGCUUCAGCUGCAUGUGGAGGUGGGAAUAUUCCCUGCUCCAUCAGUCAGAGCCUCCAUCCCAGCGUAGGAAUGCUGGGAAGAGCUGGGAUUCAGCUUUUCCCAGGGGGAUGCACCCUCCUGCUUGUGCAUGUUCUGCUGGAUUUAGUACAAUUAAAGGAUGACGUAAAGGA